AAUUGUUUUAAAUGGUAAAUCAGCGCCCUCUUCCGGCCGCUCGUGUUCAGUUCCUGCAGCUCUCAGUCUCGGUGUGUUUUGGGUGUGUGUGUGUGUGUGUGUUUAGGACGCUUGUUUCAGUUCAUUUAGCGUUAAAGACGCGAUCGGAGGAGUUUCUGACCCCAGAAGAGACUAUGACUGAUAGCCUGGCUGAUGAGUAUCCGGUCCGACGCUGAUGCAGGGACGAAAACCGACGUUUAACGCGAUAAAAAUGCGCUUUGAUGAGACGAAACUGCUGUCACAGAGCUGAAGAUGCGAUUCAACGAGAAAGAGCUGGUGUUUCUGAGCCGCCAGCCGUCCGAGAGAGUGGCCGAGCUCGGCAUGAAAGGCCCGAAGAAAGGAGACGUGGUGAAGAGGCGCGUAGUGAAACUGAUCGUUAAUUUCCUCUUUUACUUCCGGACCGACGAGGACGAGCCAAUCGGAGCUCUGCUGCUGGAACAGUGUCGCGUGGAGAGAGAAGACCAGCACGUGUUCUCCAUCGUGUUUCUGGACGAAGCCGAGAGGAAGUAUUUGUUCGAGUGUGAUUCUCAGGAACAGUGUGUGGAGUGGAUUGAUGCUAUCGUUAAAGCCAGUUAUGAAUUCAUGCGUAAGAACCUGAUCUACUAUCGCACGGAGAUCCACCGGCUGACCGGCAAGGACCCGCUGGAGCAGUAUGGGAUAUCAGACGAAACACGCUUUCAGGUCAACAGUGGUCUUCCUCCGCUGCCUCCGCCGCUCACAUGAACACACUCUCUCUCUCUCUCUCUCGGCUGUUUUGGGGGUUUUCUUCUCUUUUCAGUCUGCCAGUAUCUAUUACUGUACAUUCUGACCUCUGUAACCUUUCAUUUUUUUGUGAGUCAUGGGAGAAAUGUGUAAUAUUACUGUAACGAGUGUCUGCUGAGCUUGAGCCAACUGCUAUUAAAGUUUCUUCCCCGUA